GUCAAGUUCGGAGGAGUCGGAGGCAGAGAGUCGCUGCUGCUGAUUGUACUAGGGUAAGAGUGGGGAUAGGGUUGGGUGAAAAUGGUACGCUCACCAACCCGCCGAUCUCCACGGCCGAGGUCCCCAAGGCCUAGGUCACCAAGGCCACGAUCCCCUAGGCCUAGGUCUCCGAGGCCUAAAUCUCCUCGAAGGAGAUCUCCUGUGCGCCGCCCAGCCUCACCACGGAGACGAAGUGGAGAUCGCGGAGGGUCCAAGCGCGGGCCUCGCAGCCCACCCCCCAGGCCGGGUGGAAGCGGCAAUGGCGUCGCUGGUGGAGGUGGGGGAGGUGGAGGGGGCAGCGGGAGGAGGAGGAAAGGCCGUAGGCGCCGCAGGGCAAGGGGAGGAGGUGGAGGAGGUGGGGGGGGUGGUGGUGGUGGAGGAGGAGGCGGAGGAGGCAGUGGUGGAGGUCCACCCAUGUCAGGAGGUAAUAAGCAGCCUAUUGCAUCCAUGCGGAUGAGAAUGGAUGACUACAGACCACCACGUGCAGAAAGACUUCUCAGAGACCCCAAAGAAGAUUGUGGGGUUGGUGGUGGUGGGAUAGAUCGAGGUCCCAUUGAACAAGUCGUUGUGCGUGCACGCCGCGAGGCUUCCACCCGCACCAAGGACACUUUCUGGACCAAGAAAUUGCUCGAUGCAGAAGCUUCGCAACCAAACAGAUGGGCACACACCGGCUUCAAGGAGCUCUACCGCGAUGAGCUGGGCUACAGUGAUGUAGGGGAAGCAAGUGGGGAUGAGAAGGGCAGGGAGAGCCGGGCCUCUUCUCGCCCCCGAGAUCCUAGGGAUCCUAGGGACCCCAGGGAUCCAGCUGCCAUUCCUCCCCGGAAGAUUGGUGGCUCUCCUUCCCGGCCCAGGUCGCCACGUGACCCCAGGCGAAGGUAGGUUUUACGAGGGUGUAGUCUU